AUGAAAGCUUUGAUCUCCCUUUUAUUAUUGGGAAUUUUUCUUGUACUAGAAUUUGAUGAUGAUUUCCAAUUGUUUAAAGCCCUUACCAAUUUAGAUAGAUUAGGCAGAAGGGAACAAGAAUUGAUUAUUGAAGAAAAGAACCUUGCAGACAUCAUUCAAUACUAUAUUUAUAAUAAGAUGAUUCAAGAUCUUGGUGAUUUGACAUAUCCAUCUGGUGGACCAACUCCAAUAGAUCCAACAAGAACUGUUCCAAUUCCAAUAAAUGUGGUAUCUGCCUCACCCCCAAAAUCAGGACCCCAAGAAAUCUCUCUGACAGACCCCAAUACCAAACCAAAAAGUAUUCAAGAACCUCUUGAUUACUGGAAUGCUCAAGCUUUCAAAUAUAAAGAAAUAAGAAACAACAACCCAGAUAAUUUUGAAAAAAUUUUCAAUUUCUAA